CAGCAGCGAAGAGCAUCACCUCCGCCGUCGUAGAGUGUCUUGCACGACGCGCGAAAUCCAGACAUAAGUUACUAUGAACACCUCGAACCUAAACUUUCUUACUCCUUCGGAGCUCGAUGACGAGGUUGAUGAUGCUGAGCUCCCUCUGGGACACAUGGGCCUACUCAUGCAAGCUUUCCUCAUGUCCUGACUACGGCAAGCCCUGGCAGCUGCGAAGCAACUUCCUCACCCAUUUGCAGGAGCGAAAGGCACAUGGGCCCACUGCCACAACACCUGCCGCACGCCGUGCGAUCGAGAUAGAGUGGCGUUACACCACCGAUCCAUAUCUGCCACCUCGGGCGCCUCCAGAUUUUCGUUCCCGAGAGGAUCCUGAGGAGCAAGUCUGUGACUACAGCUCUAAGGAUGACACCGGCAAGGUGAUAACGGGCAGGGGCACAUUAGAGGAAAUGGAAAUGCACAAAGCGUUACGAUGCCACCAAGCGGAAGGAACGGAUGUCGCGUAGCUUCGUUCACAAUGCUUCAAUGCACAGGUGACAAGGAAGCUAUACCAUUACUAGACGGAGCCUAUGUGCCAGUUCCAAAAGGUGCGGUGAAGACUGCACACAUGUGUAGAGCAGUUCAGCCAUUUCGGAGAGCUGUUGCAAGCGUACAGACAAAGGUGACAAGCCCUGCGAUAGACUACCUGUAGCGCUGAAAAUCCUUACGCAAGACCAGCGCCACCAGGCUCUGUCACAUAACUAUACACUUGGAUUUGGCCUUC